UCUCACUAUGUGGACACUUCAGCCUAGAUGACCGGGAGGGCGCAGGUGCGGGGCAGGAAAAUUCCCGAGAAACAAAGCCAUUACCCCUUUCUACAGACUACAAAUACCAGAAUAUUUCAUCCCCAGAAAGCGGCGCUCUUCUCAGCCCCAUGCAGUCGGUGAUGGACGAAGGUUCUGUAAACAUCUCUACCGAGGUAUCAGACCGCGUCAGGACAAUGGAAAUGAAGAUAGAUACGGCUUUGGGAACGUCGAUCAUACCUUUGCCUUGCGUCAUUAUUACGCGCCAUAUGACCGAGGGCGCCUCAACCUCCAACAGUGCAGACCCCAUGACGCGAUCUUGUCUUGCAGACAGAGCCAGCGAUGAGGAGGCAGAUAAGAAUUUUCGACCUGAAACAUCCUUAACUGAAAGCAUUGAUAAAAAUGCGAGGAGUGAUGCUGAGACAUCGGCGACGGCUACGGAACCUCUUGACCAAGAUGUUGAGGUUUCGGCCUCAAAAGAUGGAAAGGCUGCCCGUAUUGAGACAGGUAGUGGCGAGCACAAUGGAAUGAUACAACAGUUCCACGAACGAGCUUCCUCAUCUGACCAUGAAUACACCAUUGAGCAGUUCCUAGGAGAUGAUGAAGGUGCUCAGACACACAAUGUGCCUCAAGACGAUCUGCGCAGCCCAGGUCGGGACAGAGAUAUUAGUGUCGAUGUAGCAACUGAAACAAGUUCAGAAACCUCCGGCCAUUCAGACUAUGAAAUCGAGGCUGCCCCAGAAUACUAUUGUGUCGUCCGAAAUGGCCGCAAAAACCACUAUAUAAUGCGCCAUGACAAAAGUGUACCAUAGUGGAAGAACCUCACUUCUCUACCAGACUUGGAAUAUCGUGGGGUGAGGUACAAAGUUGGAGACGUCGUAUACAUUUUGCUCUAGGACGAUACUGAAGAUUCUUUUGCCAAGAUACGUGAGAUCCG